UAUUUGGUUCCGGUGUGAUUGCUGCACAGACUGUAGUUAUGGCGACGUUCAGGAAAAACGUGGAAGAAAUUCGAAAUCGAGUUGUUUUAAGUGAAUUCGUCGUGAGAAAUGCUCAUACAACUGAUUUCCCUGGAAACUAUCCUGGCUAUGAUGAUACUUGGGAUAUGCAGAAAUUUCAAAAGAGUUUCAAAAUUGAUGUUGUGCAGCUGAAUGAGAACUUUAUGGAGUUUGACAUGGUGGGGAUCGAUGCAGCCAUUGCCAAUGCCUUCAGAAGGAUCUUAAUAGCGGAGGUACCCACCAUGGCUAUUGAAAAGGUUUUUAUUUAUAACAACACGUCUAUUGUCCAAGAUGAAGUGCUGGCACAGAGACUAGGUCUCAUCCCCAUCAAAGCUGACCCCUGCCUGUUUGAAUACAGAAGCACCGAUGAAGACUCUGCAAAGGAGGAAGAGUCAGAAAUAGACACAAUCAAACUACACCUAAAGAUUAGAUGUAGCAGGAACCCCAGAACAAGCAAGGAUUCUUCUGAUCCACGGGAACUCUAUGAAAAUCACGUCGUUUAUUCCAGAGACAUAAAGUGGGUUCCCAUUGGUAACCAGGCUGACGUGUUUGCCGACUCCAACAUUGGACCAGUCCAUGAUGACAUCCUGAUAGCGCUGCUACGUCCAGGACAGGAACUUGACAUUAUCAUGCACUGCGUCAAAGGAAUUGGGAAGGAUCAUGCAAAGUUCUCUCCAGUGGCCACCGCAAGUUAUCGCCUCCUGCCAGAGAUCACACUCCUGGAUAGAGUUGUGGGAGAGAAGGCAGAGCGUCUUAAACAAUGCUUUUCACAAGGAGUUAUAGAGCUGGAAGAUAUUCAUGGGGAAAAGGUUGCAAAAGUAGUGAACAGUCGCUCGGAUACAUGCAGCAGAGAAGUUCUACGUCAUGAUGACCUAAAGGACCUGGUGAAGCUUGGAAGAGUGCGAGACCAUUUCAUCUUUUCUGUGGAGUCGACCGGAAUCCUGCCGCCGAAUCUGCUUGUAACAGAAGCUAUCAAAGUUCUUAUGGCCAAGUGUCAGCGAUUCCUCAGUGAAAUGGACACGACUAACGUAGAGUGAACGAAAGAGAUCUGCUCCAACUAAAUCUUACUCUAUGAAAUUGUUUAAACUUGCUUUUGCAAUAAAACUAUUAAAACUUAA